UCAUUAUUUCCCUUCAGUACCUUAAUCGCCUCAUCUCAAAAGACACAUGUAUACAUAUAUAGGAAGGGACUGAGUUUUUGUACAUAUGACUAUAAUUUUAGAUACUUUAAUGUGAUUGGAUCAGAACCAGAAGGAAGACUAGGAGAAGCUCCUCGUGCUGAGCCAAGAGAGUGUGGCUGUAUAUCAGGUGCUUGUUUCAAUGUAGCUCAAUGGAUAAUUCCUGGACUCAAGUUUAGAGGAACAGACUAUAAAACAGCUGAUGGGACUUGUAUAAGGGACUACAUUGAUGUCACCGACUUGGUUGGUGCUCGUGUGCUUGCUCUUGCCAAUGCAAAACCUGGGAAAGUUAGAAUCUACUAUGUUGGCACAGGAAAAGGAGUGAAAGAAUUUGUGGAGGCAUGUAAGAAGGCAACAGGGGUGGAUAUAAAGGUUGAAUAUCUGAGCUGCCGGACGUAUAUAGUGAUCCAACAAAAAUAAGGUGUGAGCUGAAUUGGACAGCCAGGUAUACAGACCUUGGAGAUGCCAGAAGUCACAGGUGAAUGGCUAUGGUCCUUCCUCGGCCACAGAUUAAACGUUAUAUAGCAGAGUUCAUUGUAUUAGAUUAUUAGCCAUGUCUACCAAAAAGCAGAUGUUUUAUGCUAGUAUAUGAAAACUUAUCCACUACUAUUUAUGAGUAUCUAAUAAAGUGAAUGCAGUGGGGAAGAGUAA